GUUCGUACGUGCGAGCGCGCACACGCACACAGAUCUAGAGCGCCAGAGAGAGGAGGAGUGUCUGUGUUUGUGGAUGUGUGUGUGUAUGGCGAGGCGACAUGGCUCCUUUUCCCGACGAGGUGGACGUGUUCACCGGACCGCACUGGCGAAUGAAGCAGCUGGUCGGUCUUUACUGCGAUAAGCUGUCGAAGACAAAUUUUUCCAACAACAAUGACUUCCGCGCGUUCCUCCAGACGCUCUGCGCCACCUUCAAGGAGUUCAAGAUCCACGAGCAGAUUGAGAACGAGUGCAUCAUCGAGCUGCUGCAGCAGCGCAGCCGCACCACCUACAACGUGCACUCCGACAACAAGCUCUCCGAGAUGCUGUCGCUGUUCGAGAAAGGCCUCAGGAAUGUCGAGAGCGAGUGUGAACAGCUGAACUAUGCACGGCAGCUGAAAGAGCGCCUGGAAGCCUUCACCCAGGACUUCCUUCCUCACAUGAAGGAGGAAGAGGAGGUGUUCCAGCCCAUGCUGAUGGAGUAUUUCACCUACGAGGAGCUGAAGGCCAUUAAGAGACAGGUGAUAGCGCAGCACUGCAGCCAGCAGCGGUGGGACGCGGCCGCCGAGGUGCUGAAAGGCUUAAACCUGUGGAGUCAGGCUGAGGAGCUUCACAAGGUCUUCAAAUACUCCGACCAUGAGAAGACCGAGGACGAAUGCGACGGGCACGCGAGCAUGCACAUCUCCGCUCUCCCGCAGGAGGUCAUGGUGCGGCUGUUUCGGUACCUGGGCCCGGAGGACCUGUGUCGCUGCAGCCAGGUGUGCCGCAGCUGGGCGGAGGUGGUUAAAACGGGCUCGCUGUGGAGACACCUGUACCCGGUUCGCUGGGCCAGAGGUGAUUAUUACCGCGGUCCUCCGGGGGAGCCAGACCAGGAUCCUGAUGAAGACUGGGUGCAGAACCUGCAGGAGGAAGGACGAGCCUAUCAGGAGUGGGACGAGGAUGCAGACGUUGAUGAAUCGGAGGAAGCGUGCGAGGACUCGCUGGCUGUCAGCGCCGUGCGCAAAGAAAAGAAGCUGCUGAAUGGAAUGAUCCAGAACCUUCUCCCGGCCGUGGGGUCAUCGGUACGCACCCUCAGCCUGGCUUACAGCUCCGCCGUCUCCAGCAAAAUGGUGCGUCAGAUCCUUAGUCUUUGCCCAAAUCUCAUCCAUUUGGAUCUCACGCAAACUGACGUUACUGAUUCGGCUUUCGAAAGUUGGGCGGAGUUGGGGGUGUGUCGCUCGCUCGAGCACUUGGACCUAUCGGGCUGUGAGAAGAUCACCGACUACACUCUGAAGAAUUUGACAGUUGGAUUAGGCGAUCUGACGGCACCCAGGUUUUCCAAGAACAGCCCCGAUUGCAAAAACAAGCUUCUCAAGACGUCGUCAUCAGCGAUCCAACUCCUUGACAGGCACUCGGGUUACUCUUUGGGACGCGCUCGCACGGCGCUCGUCUUCAAGUGGAGGCCCGGUGGGCGGAGCAUGAGCUGCAGCCCCGUCUGGGUCCUGGAUCCGACCGAGCUCGCCGACAUCGAGGACACGGCCGACUGGACGAGAAAAGAAGGCGUGGCCGGACUCGGUGAGGGCCGUGGGGGUAUUUUAGGGGUGCAGGCAGGAGGCAGGUCGUGCUGCUGUAGGAGUGGCACAAGGCGGAGCUUUAGGACUGACAUUGGCUCCACCUACUUCCAGCAGCUGUACGGCACUCUGGGAGAGAAACAGUGCGGGCACUCUGCGUGCUGCGGCUCAGACACGGUUUUAAGGACAGUGAAGGAAACGCAGUGUGAGCCUCAGGCCACAGAGGGCAGCACUGAGCUUUGGACUAAAUGCCCUUCUGAGGGCGAGAUAAGGACUGAGCAGUCAGGAGCCUGUCGUGCUCUGAGGUUCCUCAGCCUCUCAGGAUGCUAUCAGAUCACAGACUUGGGCCUGAGAUGUCUCUCUCAGGGAGGAGGACUUCCUCUGCUGGAGCAUCUGAACCUCUCAGGGUGUCUGUUCAUCACUGAAGUGGGACUGCAUGAGCUGGUGUCUGUGUGUCCCUCACUCAACGAUGAACACUUCUACUACUGCGAUAACAUCAACGGUCCUCAUGCUGACCGAGCAAGUGGAUGUCAGAACCUGCAGUGUGGCUUCAGGGUGUGCUGUCGCUCCGGAGAGUGAACAUCCCUCCCCAAAUUGCGCUGUUCUUUUUUUGUUUUGUUUUGUUUUGUUUUGUUUUUUACUACUUAUUCCACUUUCUCCUCUCUCACUCAGAUUUCAUAUUUCUGCCCUCCAUCCCAUAACGGUCUUCUCUUUCACUUUUCUUAUUUUCCUCAGUCCCCUUUUUGGUGUCUGCUGUCUGUUUGCACUUUAGGAGGAGUUCAGGCUGUACAGUCAGUCGCCAGUCUUCUUCACGUAACAAUUCAAAGGAGAAUGGGGGGGUUUAAUUCCCUGAAGCCUUUGCUGAGCAAUUGGGCAGAUUAGAGUGUACAUUCUGUAGAUGAAUGAGUUCUUGAAGGUAUUUGAUGAAAGAGAUCUGUUUCUCAAAUUGAUUUAUUUAGAAAUGGGGAAGGAUCUUUAGUUUGGUUUGGUUUAAGCUGCUUUAAGAUAAGGAUACUAGUAAGGAUUUUUUUAUUUGUUUUUGUUUGUUUGGUUUUGGAGUAAUUCUGUUGUCGCAAAAGCUGCACCGCCAGAUGUAGUUCCUCUCCUCAUGUGAAUAGCAGUUCUGUUUUGUAAAUAUGUGCUUUCUUCGUUCGCACAUGCAGACCCUGGAAUACGGAAACUGGGAUAAGAGUUCGUCAUCAAAAAAUCAACUGCAAAUGCAGAUGUUCGUCUUUUCAAAAAAUUGAGUUUCAUGUAAAAAAAAAAGUAAACACAUUCAGAAAAUCUAAAUUUGUACAAGAAAUUACCCAACCGUGAUCCAGAAACACGGUUCCAAUAUUGGUGUUAAAGGGUGUACAAAUUUUUGGCAAGAACUCAGUGAUUGCAAAAACCACCUGUUUGAGAUCAAUAAAAAAAAUAAAUCAAACGAAACACAGCUGUGUUUAAGAUUAGUACUGCACUUUUUUUUCUCUCUCUCUUCAGUGAAACAUAUUUAGAUCUUCUCCGAAUGCGAUUGCUGCGACCUCCUUAUAACCCCGAGGCAAGGGGGCGACACUCGCCAGGCUUCCCUUCGAAGCGUCUAAACGCUGCUGCGUACGUAACGGCCCACAAAGACAAGCCAGACUCCAUGCUCCAUUAAUGUUCUACUAACUCCAUUAGUGUUGUAGCACUUGCCUGAUCACCCACAGGGAAAUUGCGUACUGCUUUUCUUUUUUUUAUUCAAUUUUUUCGUUUAUCCGUUCAGAAUGUUUUCUUCGAGUCCAGUUUAGUCUUUCGCUUGUUGAAAUGAACCACAGAAAUAAACAUUCUUCUCCA